GUUCUUGACCUCGUCGUCAUUCUCUUGUAUACCCCUUCCCAAAAUGCCUCGAGAGAUUAUCAAUGUUCAAGUCGGACAGGCCGGAAACCAAGUUGGAGAAAGCUUCUGGCAGACGCUCCUUGCUGAGCAUGGUCUGAAUGAAGAGGGCUACUACAAGGGCAAUGAUCCUCUGCAACUGCCGAUGGUUGAUGUCUUUUUCAACGAAGUGGACCAAAGCGUUGGCGCUAGCAAGUACGUCCCGCGUAGUGUGCAGAUCGAUCUUGAAGGGGGUGUCUGCGCACAUAUACGCUCAGGCAAGAUUGGAAAUCUGUUCCGGCCGGACACCUUCCUUACAGGAGAGACUGGUGCUGGAAACAAUUGGGCAAAAGGAUUCUAUACAGAAGGCGCUGAAUUGGUCGAUCCGAUCCUCGAUAUCAUACGCAGGCAAGCGGAGGCUUGCGAUGCCCUGCAGGGCUUCCAAAUGAUCCACUCACUGGGUGGAGGUACGGGUGCCGGCUUGGGCUCCCUACUACUGUCCAAAUUCCGAGAAGAAUACCCUGAUAGGAUGAUAUCCACUUUCUCUAUCCUGCCUUCGCCUAAGGUUUCGGAAACAGUGGUAGAGCCGUACAAUGCACUCCUCUCCAUCCACCAACUACUGGAUAACAGCGAUCUCACCAUGUGCAUUGACAACGAGGCUCUGUAUGACAUCAGCGUCAGGACGCUCCAUGUCAAAGCUCCUGCAUUCUCGGAUUUGAACUCGCUUGUGUCGCAAGUAAUGUGCGGUGUCAGCACGAGCUUGCGUUUCCCUGGGCAGCUGAACGGGGACCUGCGAAAGCUUGGGCUAAACCUAGUCCCUUUCCCUCGACUACAUUUCCUCAUGCCUAGUUAUGCACCUUUCGUCGAUCCUAAAUCACAGGCAUUCGUACGCGUCAGUGCACCGGAUCUUACAUCAGCGCUUUUCGACCGCGCGAACCUAUUAGUGGCUUGCGACCCCAGGUUCGGGCGUUAUCUCACGGCAGCGACAAUUUUCCGAGGAAACAUUGCAUCCCAAGAAGCUGAAAUGUCAGUCAGAGAUCUGCAGACCAAGAAGUCUAGUCAGUUUGUCGAAUGGAUUCCGGACAACGUAUCGGUAGCGUUGUGCUCGGUGCCCCCGGUUGGACAAACGCAGGCGGCAACGUGCCUGGCCAACUCGACUGCUGUCCAGGAACUAUUUCAGCGCACAUUGUCUCAGUUUGCAGCCAUGUACAAGCGACAAGCUUUCCUCCAUUGGUACACGGGCGAGGGAAUGGACGCAAUGGAAUUCUCCGAGGCAGAGAGCAACGCGCAAGACCUCAUAUCCGAAUACCAACAGUAUCAAGAGGCCACUCUUGAACCUGAGGAAGAAUACGAGGAAUACGAAGAGGAAGUUCCUGCAGAUGAGGACGUUGAAUGAUAACGUUAUUAUAAACGUUGUCUUCAGAUCGACCGGUACACCUCCAAAUCUACUCAUAUCUAUCCCUUGCACAUAUGUAGCCUACUAAUAUCGUGUCUUCUCCCUUUUGCUCGCUAAAGCAAGGCUCUACAAGGUCUAAAAUGCAGUCCGA